GACCCAGAAGAAUACAGAGCCCUUGAUAAAACUUAAAAUAGGUCCCCAGCAACAAGAACUUGAGUUCCUAGUGGAUUCAGGGGCAGAAAGAUCGACAGUUCAAAAGUUACCUUGGGGUUGCACGACUUCCUCAGACACAAUCCAAGUUGUAGGGGCCAAGGGAGAACCAUUUAAGGUGCCCCUCAUAAAAGAUGUGGAAAUAGAAGCCCAGAAUAAAUAUGCAUUAGGAACAUUUCUAUUAGUUCCUGAGGCUGAGUAUAAUCUGUUAGGGAGAGAUUUGAUAAUAGAAUUGGGAAUAAAUUUAGAAGUGAAAGAUCAAAAAUUACAAGUCCAAAUAUAUGCCCUUACGGCAGAGGACGAAAAAAGAAUAAAUCCUGAGGUGUGGUUUACUCCUGAUUCUGUGGGAAAGCUAGAUAUAAAACCAUUUGAGGUCUCAAUUCGAAAUCCAGAAGAACCAAUAAGAGUGAAACAAUAUCCCAUCCCACAUAAAGGAAGAGUUGGACUUAAACCGACCAUAGAAAGACUUUUAACACAAGGAUUAUUAGAACCAUGUAAGUCACCUCAUAAUACUCCCAUUUUGCCGGUAAGGAAAUCUGACGGAUCAUAUCGUCUGGGGCAGGAUUUAAGGGAAGUAAACAAACGGACAAUUACCCGGUACCCUGUAGUCGCUAAUCCUUAUACUUUACUAAACCAACUCUCACCUGACCAUAAGUGGUAUAGUGUGAUCGACCUGAAAGAUGCAUUUUGGACUUGUCCUCUGAAAGAAGAGAGUAGAGACUAUUUUGCUUUUGAAUGGGAAGAUCCUGACUCACAUAGGAAACAACAACUUAGAUGGACUGUUCUACCUCAGGGAUUUACAGAAUCCCCUAAUUUGUUUGGACAAGCCUUAGGACAAUUAUUAGAGUCUUUUGAACCUCGCCAGGGUACGGUUUUGAUUCAAUAUGUUGAUGACUUGUUAGUUGCCGGAGAAAAGUUAGAAGAUGUCAGAGAUGAAAGCAUUAGACUUCUGAAUUUCUUAAGUUUAAAAGGUUUGAAAGUGUCAAAGUCCAAAUUGCAAUUUACAGAGGAAGAAGUUAAGUAUUUAGGGCAUUGGUUGAGCAAGGGACAUAAGAAAUUAGAUCCUGAUCGAGUAAAUGGAAUUCUGUCACUAUCUGUACCCAGGAGCAAAAGACAGGUUAGACAACUUCUGGGCCUAUUUGGGUAUUGUAGGCAAUGGAUUGAAAAUUACAGUAGUAAAGUCAAAUUUUUGUAUGAAAAAUUAACCAAGGAGGGGCUAGUAAAGUGGAGUGAUGAGGAUGAACAGCACUUAGAAAAAUUGAAGGAGGAUUUAGUAAAUGCACCUGUGUUAAGUCUGCCAGACAAUCGGAAACCUUUUUAUCUAUUUGUAAAUACAGAAAAUGGUACAGCAUAUGGAGUCCUAACCCAGACCUGGGCCGGACAGAGGAAACCGGUAGGGUACUAUUCAAAAUUGCUGGAUCCAGUAAGUAGAGGUUGGCCCACCUGUUUGCAAUGUGUAGUUGCUACAGCUCUGUUAGUUGAAGAAGCUAUAAAGGUGACUUUUGGAGGAAAAUUAAAAGUAUUUACUCCCCAUAAUAUAAGAGGAGUAUUACAACAGAGAGCUGAGAAAUGGUUGACUGAUAGUCGACUAUUAAAAUAUGAAAGUAUCCUAUUGCACUCCCCGGAUCUGGAGUUAGAGAUGACACAUGUGCAAAAUCCAGCUCAAUUUUUAUAUGGAGAACCUAAAGAAGAUCUAGGACAUGACUGUUUACAGGUAAUAAACCUUCAAACAAAGAUUAGGGAGGAUUUGGAAGAAGAAGAACUGAGUUCGGGAGAGAAAAUAUACAUCGAUGGUUCUUCUAGGGUGGUUAAUGGGAAUCGAAAGUCAGGAUAUGCAGUGAUAGAUGGAGAAAAUUUUCAGGUCAGAGAAUCUGGACCCUUAGAUAAGACAUGGUCAGCCCAAGCUUGUGAGUUAUAUGCACUGUUGAGAGCGUUACAAUUAUUAGAUGGAAAAGCAGGCACUAUCUUCACAGACUCUAAGUAUGCAUUUGGAGUAGUUCACACCUUCGGCAAGAUAUGGGAAGAGAGAGGAUUGAUUAAUACCCAGGGUAAAGGACUUGUUCAUGAAACUCUAAUACGAGAAAUCUUAAAAGCUUUGAGAAAGCCAAAGCAGAUUGCAAUAGUACAUAUUAAAGGGCAUCAGAAAGGGUUAAAAGCUACUGUUAGGGGCAACAAUUUAGCAGAUGAGGAAGCAAAGAAAGCAGCUUUAUUAGUAAUGGCAAGUUCAGAACCAGAAGAUAGAAAUGUCCUGAAAAGUUUUAGUGAUCAAGAGAAAAAGAAACUGCAGCAAUCUGGAGCAAAAGAAGAAAAUAAUAAAUGGUUAUUAGCAGAUGGUCGAGAAGUACUUCCAAAAGGGCUUGCUCAGAGAAUAAUGAAGAAAUUACAUGAGACAACCCACUGGGGAAUACAGGCAUUAGUGGAUCAGUUUGAAAACAAGUUUGCCUGUGUGGGAGUUUAUGGAAUAGCAAAGAAAAUUUUGGAAGGGUGUUUAACCUGUCAGAGGGUAAACAAAAGGCAAUUGAGAGAACGAGUACAAGGGGGACGAGAGAUAGCUAAGAGACCUUUUGAGAAAGUACAGACAGAUUUUACUGAAUUACCUAAAGUAGGCAGGUAUCGCCAUCUACUGGUGUUAGUGGACCAUCUCACCCACUUUGUAGAAGCCUUUCCGGUAGCCCGAUGUACAGCCAAAACAGUGAUUAAGAUUUUAUUAGAAGAAAUUAUUCCAAGGUAUGGUGCUGUGGCAGUAGUAGAUUCGGACAGGGGACCACACUUUACUUCUAAAAUAAUUAAAGAAACAACAGAACUUUUUGGAACCAAAUGGGAGUACCAUACUCCUUGGCAUCCACAGAGCUCUGGUAAAGUAGAAAGAAUGAAUGGAGAAAUAAAGAAGCAAUUGACUAAAUUAAUGAUAGAAACUAAAAUGAAUUGGGUAAAGUGUUUGCCAUUGGCCUUAUUAUAUAUACGGACCCAACCACGUACUGACACAGGAAUCUCACCAUUUGAAAUGCUGUAUGGGAUGCCAUAUGAUUUUGGAAUCCCGAUUGAAAAUCCCAAGGUGGAAGAUACCCUCUUGAGGGAAUAUAUAAUUGAGUUAAUGAAAAGGAGACAGGAAUUGAGGAAAAAAGGAUUAGUAACUCAGAGACCCCCGUUGGAUAUGGCAAUACACAGAAUUCAACCUGGAGACAGGGUAUUAAUUAAAACAUGGAAAGAGUCUUCAUUAACGCCUCGUUGGGAAGGACCCUUUGUUGUUCUUCUUACCACAGAUACAGCCAUUCGUACCGCUGAAAGAGGAUGGACUCACGCAUCUCGGGUUAAGGGGCCAGUCAACACUCCUGAAUGGACUGUAACUUCUCAGCCUGGGAAUCUCCGAAUGACGUUCAGAAAAACUGGACUGGUAAAUGAAUAACCCUGAACGAGACUGGGACCCAGCCCAGCCUAUACUCCUGGUCUGAAGUACCUCGAGACCUAACCUUAAUAAGGGUUCGGUAUAGACAUUGAUAAGUGGGCUAAUCCUCUACCAGGCUGGGGAAAGUGGAUAUACCAAAUUGCUGAAAAAGGUAAAACUUUUCCUCAUUGUUGUGAUCUUGAGACUGAAAUUACUUUGCCAGAAAGACCUGCACAGAAGAUACCCUGUAUAAAACACCCAGUUUCAAGACCCCGGAGCUGGGUCAGUUGUAAAUGUACAUUAUAUGGUAUAGAGUGGUAUUGUACAGCAGUAGGCAGGACACCCAUUGUACGAAUUGCCGAGAGUUCUUUGUUGCUUCUGAUGAGAAACUGAAUGUUUUAGAAAUUGAUAAGUUAUUCUGUAGAUAGGAGUAGUUGGUACCAGAGAACUGGGAAGUCCAUGAUAAAAUAUUUUCUAAUUUUGGUACAAAACUCUAGAACAGUGUGCCGUUAAAAUUGCCUAGAAAACAGAGUUCACAACCAACCAACUUUUAGAAAAUAUAUGGAUCUAGAGAAAUAAAGGAAAAGGUCACAAGAACCUAUCAAGAGCCCAUAUUCUCCUGAAGAAUAUUGACUGCUGCCGAGAAGAUGUAAAACCCCGUUGCUCCCAGCAAAGGAGUAGACGGAGGAGGCAGAGCAAUAAUACAGUGGAGAACAGAUAUGGGAAAUUAUAUAUGGAUUGUGGUAUUUUUGUGGCAGCUUUCCCCAAGCAGGGAAAGCCCACAUCGGCCGUACAAGUGGACUCUGAACAGAUGGAGCGAUCUAAAAACAGUUAGGACUAAUCUUACAGUAGGAUCUCCCAGUUUCUCUGCUACACUGUGUCAAAUAGCUCCUGUACCACAUUGUUCAAAUUUGAAACCUUAUUAUCUCUGUCCUGCAUCUAAUCCAGGAAAAGGAUAUUGUAACUACCCUGAUCAAUAUUAUUGUGUACACUGGGACUGUGCCACUAUUGCUUCCGCCUGGACCCCUAAUUCUCAAGAUAAAUACCUAACGACAACAUGGGGACCACCUGGCUGUAAACCUUCACAAUUUGUUUUGUCUAGAGGAUCGAAGAGGUAUAGCGAUUUGGCAAGACAGCACA